AUGACGCAGGAUUGUUUUGAUCAGCUGAGGCGCUCCCUCCACAUGGUGGACAACGAGGGGAGUCAUCCUCCCGAUGACCGCCUGUGGAAGUUGCGGCCAGUUAUCGAAACUCUCCAGCGUCGGUUCUCGGUAAAGGUUUUUAAGCUCACUGUCAAUGAAGGCCAGCAAGGCUACAUAUGCGCCUUCGAAACUUACACGGGCAAGGACAGAGGCGACAUACCCGCAUCUCAGAGGGCUGUCAUCCACUUGAUGGGCACAGCGGGCUUAUUUGAAAAAGGGUAUGACUUAUAUACCGAUAAUUGGUAUACGUCCCCUACCCUUUUUCAUUGCCUGCAGAGCAGGGGCAUGAACGCGGUUGGCACAGUGCGUGCCACCCGCAAAUUCAUGCCUACUGAUCUGCAGGUAAAAGCCGCGGAGAUGUGGACAGUCACAGCACGCCUACAGUCAUGUUGUGCCUGCAAUGGCGCGACAGGCGUGAAGUGA